AAGCACUACUCCCAGUCCCGCAACAUGGACGACAUUGCUCUGGACGCGGCCAAGAAGACGGCGGCCCGCACGGCCGUGGAUCAGUGGAUCACGGAGGACACGAAGAUUCUGGGCAUCGGGAGCGGCUCCACCGUCGUCUACGCCGUCCAGCGGAUCGCGGAGCGCGUGUGGAAGGAGGGGGAGCUGACCGACCUCAUCUGCGUGCCCUCGUCCUACCAGGCGCGCCACCUGAUCCUCGACUACAACCUCAAUCUGGGCGACCUGGACCGGAAUCCCAACAUAGACGUAGCCAUCGACGGGGCCGACGAGGUGGACAGGCACAUGGUGCUCAUCAAGGGAGGCGGCGGCUGCCUGCUGCAGGAGAAGGUGGUGGCCUCCUGUGCCAAGCACUUCAUCGUGGUGGCCGAUUACACAAAGAACUCCAUCCGUUUGGGCGAACAGUGGUGCCGCGGAGUGCCCAUCGAGGUGGCCCCCAUGGCCUAUGUGCCCAUCAAGCUGCACAUCGAGGCUCUGUUCGGCGGAGAGGCCUCGCUGCGGAUGGCCAAGGUCAAGGCCGGACCCAUUGUCACGGAUAAUGGCAACUUCCUGCUGGACUGGAAGUUCAUCGCCAACCGGGAGUACGACUGGGAUGAGGUCAAUCGGGCCAUCACCAUGAUUCCGGGCGUCCUGGAGACGGGACUGUUCGUCAACAUGACCCACAAGUGCUACUUUGGGAUGGCGGAUGGCACGGUCAAGGUCCAAAACAAGUAGAAUACGGGGAUUAUAAAUAAAGUUCAAAAAUCAAACAGGUUUUCUUUAAAAAAAACGUUGAAUGAGCCAUAGUUACGUUCUGUUUUGCAUUUAUCUAUUACUACUAUGUUCCUUAAUGCUGAAGUUUUUUCAUAAAUAAAGAUUGAAUUAUA